CAUCAGCAUCGCGAUAACAAGUACGAAGAAAUGCUGGAGCUGGACACUCGUCCCCUUCCGGAUCAGAUCGGAUAUCUGGUCAUGUCCGAGGAUGGAGCAGUGCUCGCUUCCGGUGGAGAGAUGGAAAACGAUGAACGGAGUGCGAACAUCAUCAGCGGGUUGUUGACAUUGACGGAAAGUGUCGAUCCGGCUGUUUUUAAAAAGCGUUCGUGCAAGAAGAUUUCGAUAGUAUACGAGGAACACAGCUACACCAUUUGUCUUUCCAAUAAAAAGAUCUACGUUGUGAAGCGCCGUAACAGCUCGCACCAGAAUGGCGCUGUUGGUAGCGACGCUGACGGAAGAAACAUUCUGGCCUAGGAUGUGCGCGUGCAAUCUCUUGUAAAUAAAGGCAUGUUUCUUCUAUAA